GGCGGCUGACUGCCGUCGGUAUCCAGGGCGAGGGGAGAGUAACGGCCACGGCGGGGACCACGGAGAUCGAAAGGGACUGGUGGUGUUCGGGCGGCGUCUGGGGCGCCAUGGACGAAGCCAGCAGCUGUGGCAGCGGGGGCGGCUUCCGCCCCGGGGUGGACAGCCUGGACGAGCCGCCCAACAGCCGCAUCUUUCUGGUGAUCAGCAAGUACACGCCGGAGUCGGUGCUGAGGGAACGCUUCUCGCCCUUCGGGGAGAUCCAGGACAUCUGGGUGGUGCGGGACAAGCACACCAAGGAGUCCAAAGGCAUCGCCUUCGUCAAGUUCGCCCGCAGCUCUCAGGCCUGCAGGGCCAUGGAGGAGAUGCACGGACAGUGCCUCAGCCCCAGCGACUCCAAGCCCAUCAAGGUUUUCAUUGCCCAGGCAAGAUCAUCUGGGAGCCACCGGGAUGUUGAAGAUGAAGAACUUACAAGAAUCUUUGUCAUGAUACCAAAAUCAUACACAGAAGAAGAUCUAAGGGAUAAAUUUAAGGUCUAUGGAGACAUUGAGUAUUGCAGCAUUAUUAAGAAUAAAAGCACUGGAGAAAGUAAAGGUUUGGGCUAUGUAAGAUACUUAAAACCGUCGCAAGCUGCCCAGGCCAUAGAAAACUGUGAUCGAAGUUUUAGAGCAAUCUUGGCUGAACCUAAAAAUAAAGCAUCUGAAUCUUCUGAACAAGAUUAUUAUAGUAGUAUGAGGCAGGAGGCAUUGGGACAUGAACAUAGAGUAAAUAUGUUUCCUUUUGAAGAACAGCCAGAAUUUCCCUCUUUUGAAAAGAAUGAUAUCCGAGGCCAGGAGACCAUCUCCAAACGCUUGUCAGUGGUAUCACGAGUUCCUUUCACACAAGAGCAGCUCUGCAGCAUUUUUGAUAUAGUCCCAGGCUUGGAAUAUUGUGAAGUCCAACGAGAUCCUUACUCUAACUAUGGUCAUGGAGUGGUUCAGUAUUUUAACGUAGCAUCAGCUAUAUAUGCAAAAUACAAGCUACAUGGAUUUCAGUACCCUCCUGGAAAUCGGAUAGGUGUCUCAUUCCUUGACGAUGGAAGCAAUGGAACAGACCUCCUUAGAAAAAUGGCAACCCAGAUGGUCGCUGCACAGCUUGCAUCAAUGGUGUGGAAUAACCCUGGUCAGCAACAAUUUCUGGCAUCUUUGCAAUUUGGAGGAAGUUCUGGGUCUCAGUUGCCUCAGAUUCAAACAGAUAUUGUGCUUCCAUCAUGUAAAAAGAAAGCCCCGCCUGAAACUGCUGUGAAGGAAAGGCUUUUUAUUGUGUUUAAUCCUCAUCCCUUACCUUUGGACAUACUGGAGGAUAUAUUCUGCUUAUUUUGUUUCAGUCGUUUUGGGAAUCUGAUUGAAGUCUACCUUGUAUCAGGAAAAAAUGUGGGGUAUGCCAAGUAUGCAGAUAGAACAAGUGCUAAUGAUGCCAUAGCUACUUUACAUGGGAAAAUUUUGAAUGGCGUCAGGCUUAAAGUUAUGUUGGCAGAUUCACCCAGAGAAGAAUCUAACAAAAGGCAAAGAACGUAUUGAUGAUACAGAACAGAUACUAAAUAUUGACAUAACCCUCAGCUGACUGACUGAAAAAUGUGACUGGACGCACUCCCUGUGGACAGUUGACAGCUUUUUUUGUAUAAUUUGCUAGUUUGUGCACAACAUUGUCUUGCUGGGGGGAGCAGAGUUUGCAGACAUGUAUUUUAAAUCCACGCAUUUAUGCUAAAAGUAAUACAGUAGUUGUUUGAAGAGAAAUGUGUUUUGUUAUGUUUAGAAGAAAUAAAGUUUUCUUUGUUUCACUAAA